UCCCCCACCCCCAACGUCUCUCUCCGCUGCCUUCCUCGCUUCCACACUGCUGUGCCUGUGCGUGAGCCGUGCGUCUCCUCCCGCCCGAUGCCGCCGGAGCGCGCCGUCCCAAGCCCUAGCCGCAGAUGAGCUCCAGGAACCGCUCCGCCGCCGCUCCUGCUGCCCCGUCGGUCCGGACGCCGCGUCGCUUACGCCGGCGACCGCUUAAGGCCUCGGCGUCGGUCGCCGCGCCCGGUGGCGGGCGGCGGAGCGGGCCCGCGACGCCGCUGCUGAAGUGGGACGUGGGCGGCGGCGGUUGCGAGGGGAAGGGUGGUGCCGGGGAAGCGGGGGCCGCGCGGGAGACGAAGGCGCGGGAGGUGUCGGUGAGGAGGCUCGCGGCCGGGGUGUGGCGGCUGCGUCCGCCCGAGACGGUGGCCGGGAGCGCGGGAGGCGGCGAGAGGAGGGUCCGCGUGGGAGUCGAGCAUAUCCCAAGACAUCUACAAGUCCAGCUUCUUAAACAGAACACGUUGGGGUAUCACCAGAGCCUUACGAAUGAGGUCUCAAGCCCCAUUUCUGUUUUGGAGCCAAAGAGUGGAGAGCUCCACAAGGUACAGUUUCAUGCUGCUUCAGCUGUGCUACCAGUCACCAGUAUGGAGAAGGCAACAAAAUGGGAGCCCAAGAGUAUAAAAGGAAUGGAAUCGCAUGAUGCCUAUCUUAUUGCGAGCCAACUAAAUCUUCUUGAUGAGCAGCAAGACGCAACUUACGUCGCUAACCUCCAGGUGGAGCUCCAGCAAGCACGUGAUCGGGUAAGUGAGCUGGAAACUGAGCGGCGAGCAGCUAAGAAGAAGCUUGGCCACUUGUUCAAGAAACUCGCAGAGGAGAAAGCGGCUUGGAGGAAUAGAGAGCAUGAGAAGGUGCGUGCUGUUCUUGAAGAUAUGAAGGCAGACCUUGACCAUGAGAAGAAAAACAGGAGGCGGCUGGAGAUGAUUAACUUGAAGCUUGUCAAUGAGUUGAAGGAGGCCAAGAUGUCAGCGAAGCAGCUGUUGCAAGAGUAUGAGAAAGAGAGGAAGCUCACUGAGGAGGUGUGCAACGAGCUGGCAAGAGAGGUGGAGGAAGACAAAGCUGAGAUUGAGGCCUUAAAACAGGAUUCCCUGAAGCUGCGAGAGGAGGUAGACGAGGAGCGGAAGAUGUUGCAGAUGGCUGAGGUGUGGCGUGAAGAACGAGUGCAGAUGAAGCUUGUUGAUGCAAAACUUACCCUUGAUGCCAAAUACGCAGAAUUGAGCAAACUUCAACAGGAUGUUGAGGCUUUUAUUGCUGCCUGCAAUUGUGCUAAAGGAGACAUCAUGGUAGUAGAAGAAUCAGAGAACAUAAUACAGGCGAUCAAGUCAGUCAGAGCCCAAGAUACUGAAUUCAGAUAUGAGCCACCAGCAGCUUCCGAAGACAUAUUUUCCAUUUUUGAAGAGCUGCGUCCAAGUGAGGUGCCUGUCAUCAAGGAGAUUGAGCCGCGCUACAAGAAUAGCUCUGUCAUAUGUGAAUCAGAAAUCCAAGAGGCUAGCCCAAUGACAGAUAUAUUCCUUGAAAAGAAAGCCCAGGUGUACUCAAAUAAAAGCCCUCAAGAUGAAAGCGACACUGAUGAUGGCAGUAGCUGGGAGACAAUAAGCCAUGUUGAUAUGCAGGGUUCAAGUGGUUCACCCGACGGAAGUGAACCAUCAGUGAACAAGAUCUGUGAUGGAAGCAUUUCUUGGAAAAGCAGAAACGAUUUUGAGUAUAGGGAGAGUGAAAAGCUGAAGGAUGACUUGACUGAUGCAUACCUGACAAACAUGAAUCAACCCAAGAAGAAAGAAUCAGCCAUAUCAAAGCUCUGGAAGUCAUCCCGCCCAAAGAACAGCAAAAUAUGCAAGAAAGAUGCUGUCGAAACGGUAAAUGGGAGAUCGUCAAAUGUACAGCUCUCAGUCGGAACUUAUUCUGCUGUUGAAAGUGGCAUUCAGGAAGUAGGACUCAGUCCACCGAGCGUAGGGCAAUGGAGCUCGCCAGACUCUUUGAACAUUCAAUUCAACAGGAGCUUCAAGGGCUGUAUAGAGUACCCACGGACGUCCCAGAAGCACAGCUUGAAGGCAAAGCUCAUGGAGGCACGGAUGGAGAGCCAGAAGGUCCAGCUCCGCCAAGUGCUCAAGCAGAAGAUCUAGAGAUGCCAGAAGGCUGGAACCAAAAGGUGAAACAUUGAAACCUAGAAUUUAAUCCAAGGAAUAAUCUCAAGAGUACUUAGAUGCUUCAUUUUUCCUGUUUUAGAGUAAUCUGUAACGCAUGCACAACAAGACUAGAAAAAAGACAUAAAGUUGGCCUUUGUGGGCCGGCUGGAGCCUUUGCUGCUUCAGCUCUGGGUUAUGGUUCCAUUUGAUAAGCUAUGGUGAGAUCCAUCAUGAUGUAUAAUAUGGACACAAACAAGCAGCAAUGUUCAUACAAAUUGUAUUCCCAGAUAUCGAUGUUUUUAGCAUUUUCAUAGUUCUUGUGCAACUAAAUGUUCAUGAUUCCUCCUGUUGUUAUUUUGGGUUAUUCUGUAUGUGAAAAGAUGUUCCUGUAUUUAUGGCAAAAUACUAUGACAAGUAA